UUAUAUCAUUUGAUAUCACAUUUCAGUCAAAAUUAUGUAAUAUUUUUCAAUUAUUUUUUUAUUCAUAAAUAUGGACCAACCUAGUACUGAAGUAUUUAAAACACCAUCUCCCGUGAUAGCUAGUCCGUAUGAAGCAAGUAUAAAAUCAUCUCAACACGAGACAAGUGUAAAGUCGCAAAAACUUUCUAUAUUGGAUGUGCCGCCGACCGUUGAGGAUCAAGUUAUACUCAAACCCUCUCCCCCUUCAUCUCCGUUAAUUAUGCCAAGUAGCCCUGUCAAAAAAUCCCAGAGUCCACUUCUUUUAAACCGAAACUCACCUCGAAUAUCGGUAAGAAAUGAAGGAAGUCGUAGGAAAUCAAGUCCAGAAAGCCCUAGAAGCGUAAGCCUGAAAUCGCAAUCUGUCAAAGAACAACUCAAUCUCUUAACAGAAAAUGAACAAAAUAUUGAUGAUUUAAUAAAGUCUUCUAAGUUCUCGGAGAACCCAAAAGGUUCCCCAAUACCCGUGCUGAGUAAUAUUAACAAAAUUGCAAGUAUGAGCAGAAAGUUAACCAGUGAAGCUAACGCACUUAGAGAAUCGAUAAAAAGUUUAAGUGAUGAUAUCAUUAAAACGAAGAAAGAACUUUCAGUUGAUACUAAUGAUAACGUAAACUUUCCAUAUCACCUAUUUCUAAUUGAACUUAUCAUAAACAAAAUUCACAUGAAAUGUGAUUGUUUCGAGUUGGAUUACAAUAAUCUUGUUAUAGAUGCCACAUUUUUAGGAAAACAGCCAAUAGUGCUGUACGAUUCUUCUUAUGGUAAAAUUGUGGAUUUUAGUAACUUAAAUGUUGGAAAAUCGAUUCUUUUUGCUAUGACCUAUGACAAGAUAUGUUGUAUUAAAGACUUUGUCAUAAAAUUACAGUUGACAAAACAACCUCCUUGCUCUAGUUGUGUUACAAAAAUCGCUGAAACGAAUAUGGAUUACACCAAAGAAUUUGUAAGUUUAAGGGAAGAGUUAUGUAAAAAAUGGACAGCAGAACAACCGCAGGACAAUAUAAUAUGUACGACCUCGACACCGCUCUCAAAACAACUGUUCUAUUUAUGCUGCGGAGACAAUGACCAUUGUGAUUCUAUUGGUAUGAUCGAAAUCACAACGCGGAUGUCUUUUCUUGGUAAAGAAAUCACUACAGCAUUCAGCGCCUCAACGAAAUCCCAAGGAACUUCGUAUCUUAAAAAAGAAGAUAAUGGUAUGACAAUGUAUUCAUGUCAGAAUGUAGAAAUGGACUGUCAGGGCAAGGUUCUAUUAGACGAAGAUGUCCUUACAAAGAGAGAGAUACAGCGCAGCAUGCACACUAUGUCAUCGAGACGAGCAGGGAGUCCAGUGUCACAACUGUCAAGUGGACAAGCAUCUAACAAAGGCUAUGUUCUACAAAAUAAUAACAUGUAUAAAUAUGACCAGGGUAGCAUGAACAACUAUGAUGAGAUAUUCUCAAAAGUAAAUGCAAACGAAUUAAGGAUCAGAGUACCAAAAAGCACAAGAGUUGAGAGGAAUGGUAAAUACGAACGAAUACAAGAGCUGUGUUCCUGUGAGGAAACACCAUAUAAUACAGGCGACCAAAUACAAUUUCAAUUGCCGAAAGAUAAGACUUCAAAUACAUAUACUUCUAACUUAAUGUAUACUCAUAAAACGUCGGACAGAAGAUAUGACAGCAGAGAUAGAAAAGUUAUUAAUGUCACACCAACAAAUUGUCCAGUGCCAGUUGAUAUGUCAAAACAAAUACACCCGCAAAAAGAUGUCUUCAUUCUCAAAAUUGGAAAAAAACUGGAAACAAAAGAUAAAAAGACAGAUCUCGAAAUAGAGCUUGUCACCCCGAAGGUUCCUCAACAGCAGCAAGUUAACAAUAAUAUAUCGCAGCAGUGUAGUACGAAUGAAAUUAAGUCAAAAGCAUCGAAAUCAAGUGUGAAAAAGGGAAAGAAGAAAAAAGGAAACAGUAAAACCGAUCUAACAAAGAAGAGCAAGGGCAAAACUACAAAGAAAUCUAAAAAAGCAAAAAAAUAAAUGCAGCAUAGAAAUUAGUGUUCAAUUUUCAAUCUGAUAUUAGUUUCAUUUAAAACAACUAAGUUCAAUAUAAAAUCAAAUAUACAUUGUGUGUCAUAUUUUUUUUCCUAGUUUAUAAAACCUUUCGACAUUUUCUAGCAAUAACUGUGUAUUUUAAAAUUAUCUAUG